AUGCAAGAUCCAAACAACUCACAAUCAAGGAAGCCUUGGUACCAAAGGGCAAUGCAAAUGGCCACACAGUGGAGACCCUUUCCAAAAUCUGCUGAAAUUUCUACAAUAAAUGGCUCUAUUUGGAAAACAAAUUCGAAAACAACAGAAAUUUCGACAGCAAAUUCCAACAAACAGAAACUAAGAAAAUGCAAGUCUGUAAGAUUGGCAACUUCGUUUACUCGAGCAUGUUUAUGUGCACCAAUCUCUUCAUACAAAGAAGUUUUUCAAACUGAUUUUCAGCCAAGAAGAAGUUACAGUUAUCCAAGAUCUUCUUCGCACCCUUUUCCAGCCAUCUCACAAGAGAGAACCCCUAGUGCAAGAAUGAGCAUAGAGGGAAGGAGAAUUUUUCGCGGAAAAUCUUUGACAGAUGAUGUUCUAAUGAGGAGAUUUGUUAUUGAAGAAGAAGCAAUGAUGCAAGUUAGAAGAAGAAAUGAGAUGGAAAUUAUUAGGAGAAGAAGUGCUUUUAGAAGGAAAAAACUUGGGCCGAGUCCCUUAAGUAAAAUGGUCGUUCUAGUCGAGGAUGGGGACGAAGAUGAGGAACAACAACAUCAGGAGCAUGAAAGAAGAAACAAAAUCUAG